AUGGCAUCCACAAUGGCCACAGGGCCUUCUUCACUAGCCCAUCAGUUGCCCGCUCACCCUGGCUAUGCUCGCACUUCCACUGCCCCCACCACUUCCACACUUCCAUCACGUCCCCGACCCGCAUCCACCAUUGCUUCAAAACAGCCCACCACCAGCGCUGCACCCCCCGCCACAGCUGCUACUGCUACUGCUACCACUACCACAUCUUCCAAGUCAUCAUCAAAGAAACCUACCCUGCCACCUCCUCCCAAAGUCAUCAUUGACUCCGAAGGUCGUGCUUUCAAGCGAGGCGAUCUUCUUGGUCAGGGCGGCUUCGCUCGCGUCUACAUGGCUGUCGACCCAGAAGGUCGUCGCAAAGCCUUCAAAGUCAUCGCCAAGUCCGCCAUCGCCAAAUCACGCAAGAACCGCCAAAAAAUCCUUGCCGAGAUCAUGAUCCACAAAUCCGUCGACCACAUCCACGUCGUCAAGUUCGAAGACUGCUUCGAAGACGAUUCAAACGUCUACUUUCGUCUCGAGCUCUGCCGUAACGGCUCGCUCAACGACGUUGUCAAGAGACGCGGCCCCUACACCGAACCCGAAGCACGCUACCUCAUGGUCCAGAUUCUCGCUGGCACUCAAAACUUGCAUCAGAACAGCAUCAUCCAUCGCGAUCUCAAGCUUGGCAAUAUCUUUUUGGAUGAAAAGAUGCACGUCAAAAUUGGCGACUUUGGUCUCGCCGCUCUGCUCAAGCAUCCCGAAGAGAGGAAAAAGACGGUCUGCGGUACACCGAAUUACAUUGCACCCGAGAUCUUGUAUGACCAGGGUCAAGGCCAUAGCUUCGAGGUGGAUAUCUGGAGCGUUGGCGUCAUCAUGUAUACGCUUCUCGUGGGAAGGCCUCCAUUCCAGACGCCCAAAGUCGACGAGAUCUACGAGCGAAUCCGUCAAAAUGCAUACGAGAUUCCACCUCAAGCUGGCUUAAGCACCGAGGCGGUCGAUCUCAUCACGAGAAUCUUGACACAUAACCCUGCUCAGCGACCUACGCUGGUGCAGAUCAUGAACCAUGCCUGGUUCCAGUGUGGUCCUGUCCCUCUGACCAUUCCGUCUACCGCGAUCGAGGGUACACCUUUCUUGCCACCCAUUACCGCCAGAGAGAGCGCGCGCAACUUGGAGAUGCUCAAGAAGCAAGCUCGCUGGAACGAUCGUGCAGACGAUCUGCUCGACGACAUCCUCGCCGCCAACACCGAUGGCUCAUCCCCCGAAACUUACUCGGAUGCUCGCGACGAGCCAGUCGAAGUUGUCAUCGAUCCAAGGACUGAGCUUGAACAAGCGGAACAAGUCGAGGAGAGACGUGAACAACUGGAUCGCGAAUUCCAUCACGCCAUUCAACCCGAAUCGCCCAUCUCAGCGCUGCUCAAGGCAGGUCGCCAACCGCUCAUCAAGGCACCUGCUCCACCGCCGCAGAGCUUCGCCAGGUCCACAGCCAAUAGUCUGGCCAAACAGCUUUCCAGCUUGACGCUUUCCCGACACGUGGGUGAUAAGGAGAAUGCCAACCCGAUGGCGCCUCCUCCGCCCGCUCCUGCUGCUAGGCCAGAGUUCGGCAGGAUGUAUUCGCGUAACACCAACGUUGCACCUGCUGCUGCUCAGCCGCAAGACGAGAGGGCGCUGCAACACAAGACGCGUCUCGUUGCAAGCACGGCAAGUGGAGCCGGUGGGGGCGCUCCAAGUGCGCUCAGCCGUCCAGUGUCCCUGGCGUCUUCGAUCAACGAACAAUAUAACUCGCUAGCGCGCUCGUCCUCGCGUGCCACGCUGGCAUCGGUCGGCAGCUCCACGGCGCUCGCUUCUGGCGCCAAGAAGACGAAAACGUCGAUUGAAGUCAUCAUCUCGCACCUCGACUCGGCACUCAUCUGUCUGGAAUCCAACAGUCGCUACACGCCGCCUUCGAGCUCAGCCAUGGAUGCAGUUCGAUUCGUUGAAACGUCAUGCGAGCUCAACGGCACUUGUCUCACACCCGAGUCGCCUCGCACAUUCCUGAUUUCUUGGCUCGAUCACUCGGAACGGUACGGUCUUGGCUAUGCGCUCUCGGAUGGCACGGUAGGCGUGUAUUUCCGAGAUGCGACCUCUAUGGUGCUUUCAGCGAGCAAAAAGCAUGUGGAUUACAUCUCGACGAUUCGGGCCUCCAAAGUGGCUACGCCGGGAGCGGUGAAAACGGAUCAAUUGAAGCGGGAGAACUUUGUCAUGGCUUGUGCUCCCGCCACUAGCAGCACAGCUUGUCCCGCCAUAGCCGACGAUGGGUCAGUUCCACGAGAGCUUCACUCGCGUGUCCGAGUGAUGAAGUAUUUCGAGAAAGAAAUCAUGGAUCGACUGUACGGUGCCGACUCUCCGCUCACCUUCACUGACGCCGAACGAACGUCUGGCAUGACGUUUGUCCAUAAAUGGUACAAGACAAAGGACGCAAUUGUGUUCCGACUGAGCAACGGUACGGUUCAACUCAACUUCUACGACCAUACCAAAGUGUUGCUCACGCACGGAGCAAUGGUGAUCAGCGUGAUCGAGCCACUGGACAAGACGGGCGGGGUCCCCAGAAUGACGAGUUGGACGUUGGCUGAGUUUGUGAGUAUCGCAAGGAGCGAUCGCAGUGCCAGGGAGGCGCAAGGCGCUGUCGAGGACGAUCGAGGCGAGCCGACGACGCUCAGGAAGACCAGACCCGCCGAGAGGAGGAAGGUGAGGGGUUUGGUAACCAAACUGAGGUAUGCCGUCGAGGUGCUUCAUACCACAGUGCAGAGCAAGAGAACCGGUUUAGUACGCAGCGACUCUGCCACCACUACCAACGCCGUCAAUUGA